UGUCGGUGCGUGCCCGGGUUGGGGCAGCAGAAUGUGCUGACGGGCGUGGCAGCUUCUCUGUGCGCCAGCCGCGUUGUCAUCCAUGCUGGAUGCGUGGUUGCUUCCUUGCGGCGGAACCCCAGCAAGAAUCGACACAGUUGUUGCUCCUUCCUGUUGGCCGGGGCCAGACCAGACGCUGGGUGGAUGGAUGGCUUUUUAACCCGUCUGGUGCCAUCCUCAGGGCCAAGAUCUUCUCCCAACAUCAUCUCUUCAUGGCCGCCCAAGCAUUUCGUCUUCUGCCAAGUCCAUUUUUGCUUCUGCAGCAUUAGCCCGGGUGCAAGUUUUGCGACACCACGACGACGUCUUCACGCCUAGGAAAACAAGAAAAAUAAAAAUAAAGAUAGCUUAAAACUAGCUAUACCCCCACGCCACCCACACACCCACGUCGUUUCUACUGCACGCUCUGUUUUCCUUUCGCCCUGGCCCUCCUGUCCUCUCCUUGCUGCCGAGCAUCUUCUUUCUCAGUCUCCGUUUCUGGCUUGCCAUUCGUUUUACCUCAUCAGGUCGAGACCUGACCCCUCGCGACGACCCGCUCUUCGGACGCGGCCAAGUGGGAACCCUUCCUUGAUGUGUUGGCGAGGCACGUAUUAAAUCCGCCGCGGGGCUCUGAGCUUCUCUUUUCUGCCCUUUUGAAAUGAUACCCCGAACCAUGAUUUCCAACGAGGUCUACGUCCUGCCCCUCAACGACGAUGGCUCGCCCCAGGUCCAGGGCCAGUACAUCUGGCUGGCUCCCAAGAACAAUCAGCCCUUCACCAUCCGCUUCACCAUCGAGGGCACCUCGAGCAUCUGCCGCCAGGGCAGUUUGUGGGUGAACAUUCCUGAGGCUGGCGUCGAGUUUCGCAGGGACAAGUUCCGCGAGUUCAAACUCAACCCAGACUUCAACCGCGAAAUCAACAUCUCCAUCCCCGUCCACCUCCCCGGCGCCUACGCCUUCUAUACGACAUACUGCCCGCUACCCGAGCUCAAGGAGGAUGCUGGCGUCGAUGGCUCCUCGCAAACGGAGAAGAAGAAGACGGAGCUCUACUACAUCGAUGUCGCGCCCAGGUUACAGCUGGACGGGCGGCCGCUGCCGCUGCCCGCCCUGUCCAUCUUCUCGGUCAUCAGCAAGUUCAUGGGCAAGUACCCGGAUGACUGGGAGCGCCACCUGCGCGGCAUCAGCGACCGCGGCUACAAUAUGAUCCACUUCACCCCGCUGCAGGUCCGCGGCAGCUCCAACUCGCCCUACAGCCUUUACGACCAGCUCGCCUGGGACCCAGAGUGCUUCCCCGAGGGCGAGAAGGACGUCCAGCAGCUCGUCGAGAGCCUCGAGAAGAACCACUCGCUGCUCAGCCUGACGGACAUCGUUCUCAACCACACAGCUGACAACAGCGAGUGGCUGCUUGACCACCCCGAUGCCGGCUACAACUUGACGACGGCGCCUUGGCUCGAGCUGCCCUACCUCAUCGACACCAAGCUGCUAGAGCUGGGCCUCAACCUUGAGAAGCUGGGCCUGCCCACCGAGCUCAAGACCAACGAUGACCUGAUGGCCAUCAUGGACGCCGCCAAGAAGGAGGUCAUCAGUGCCAUCCGUAUGUGGGAGUACUACACAAUCGACGUCGAUUCAGACGCCGAUCUCGCCGUUGGUGCCUGGGUUGCUGGCAAGACAUCCUUCCCAGAGGGCUCCCUUGGUGCCGAGGGCCCCUCAUCCCUCAAGGCUGCCAGCGCGGCCGAGCAAGCCCAGUUCAUUCUGAAGCAUGGAAUCCUCGGCAAAGAUCGCAUGGGCGAGCGGUUCAGGCGUAAAGCCAACCCUGAGGUUGCUGCUGGCCUGAUCUCGGCCGUCCUAGGAGGCUACGAGGGGGAGACAGGUCCCGGCCCAAACAAGGCUGCCGCUCUGGAGAUGAUCGCCGAUGUGCUCCGUGCGGUCAACGUGCCCCUCUACGAGGAGUACGACAAGGACAGUGCCGAGGUGCUCGACCAGACGUACAACCGCAUCAAGUAUGUACGCCUGGAUGAGCACGGUCCCAUGCGGGGGCCCAUCAAUGAGGACAGCCCGCUCGUCGAGACUUACUUCACUCGUCUCCCACGCAAUGAGAAGACGGCCAAGCAUAAGAAGGAAGACUUGGUGUUGGUGAACAACGGCUGGGUCUGGGGCGGCAACGCCUUGAUCGACAACGCCGGGCCCCAGUCGAACGUCUACCUCCGCCGCGAGGUGAUAGUCUGGGGCGACUGUGUCAAGCUGCGGUACGGCUCCGGGCCCGAAGACAGCCCGUAUCUGUGGGAGCGCAUGACCAAGUACUCGCGCAUGCUGGCCAAGUACUUUGCCGGCUUCCGCAUCGACAAUGCGCACUCGACACCAAUCCACGUGGCCGAACACAUCCUUGACGAGGCGCGGCGUGUGCGGCCGGACCUCUACGUCUGCGGCGAGCUCUUCACAGGCAGCGAGGAUAUGGACUACGUCUUUGUGAAGCGGCUCGGCCUCAGCUCGCUCAUCCGCGAGGCCAUGCAGGCAUGGAGCACCGCAGAGCUGAGCCGGCUGGUGCACCGUCACGGCGGCCGCCCCAUCGGCAGCUUUGAGGUAGACGAGGUCUCGAGGGCCGAUUCGUCGAACCCGCAGUCACCCAGGUCUCCACAACAGGGCGCCAGCAAGGAUGGCGGCUCUUCACGCGAGAUCAUCCGCCGCAUCAAGCCAUCGCCUGUUCAGGCUCUCUUCAUGGACUGCACGCACGACAACGAGGUGCCAGCGCAGAAACGCGAUGCUCGCGAUACGCUACCCAACGCUGCUCUAGUCAACAUGUGUUCCAGCGCGACGGGCAGCGUCAUGGGCUACGACGAGAUAUACCCUAAGCUGGUGGAUCUCGUCAACGAGAAGCGCUUGUACACGUCGGAAUCGUCGAAUGGCCGCGAGAUCAAGGUUGGCGGCGGUCGCAACGGCAUUGGCGGGGUCAAGAAGCUCCUCAACCAGAUCCACACGCUCAUGGGCAAGGACGGCUAUGAUGAGACACACAUCCACCACGAGGAUCAGUACAUCACGGUCCACCGCGUGCACCCAAAGUCGCGGAAGGGCUACUUCCUGAUUGCCCACACGGCCUACCCGGGCUACGGUAACGGCAACGGCGCCUUCAACCCGGUCCACCUGACGGGCACCAAGGCUCGCCACCUCGGCAGCUGGAUGCUCGAGGUUGACACCAGCGAAGAGGCCAAGAAGGAAGUGCUUGAGGACCCCAAGUACCUGCGGGGGCUGCCCAGUCGUGUCAUUGAUCUGCCGGGCAUCCGCAUGGAGGUCAAGGACAACGACACCAUCAUCACGGUCCGCGACCGCUUCCCGCCCGGGAGCAUCGCCCUCUUUGAGACAUGGAUCCCUGCCGCUGAACACUCGGCUGGCCUGGACACGUUUGUGACGUCGGGAGCAAAGGACGCUUUCAGCGAGCUCGAUCUCGUUGACCUCAACGCUGCCAUGUACCGUUGCGAGUCGGAAGAGCGCGACUGGAGCGGCGGGAGCGAUGGUGUCUACGACAUCCCCGGCCACGGAAAGCUGGUCUAUGCCGGCUUCCAGGGCUGGUGGAGCAUUCUUGAGGGCAUCAUCCGCGAGAAUAACCUGGCUCACCCGCUCUGCCAAAACCUUCGCCAGGGCCAAUGGGUGCUCGACUACAUCAUCGGCCGCCUAGAGCGCGCCUCGCAGACCACCGAGCUUGGCCGCCUCGCCCGCCCAACCGCGUGGCUCAAGGAGCGCUUCGAUGCCAUCCGCGGAAUCCCCAGUUUCCUGCUCCCGCGGUACUUUGCGCUCGUCAUGCGCACGGCUUACCAGGCUUGCCUUGAACGGGCCAUCUCGCUCAUGAGCGCCAACGUUGCCCAGGGCCAGUGGUUCCUCAAGAGCCUGGGCAUGGUGAGCGUGCAGGAGAUGGGCUUGGUAAAGUCGGCGUCCCUAUACCCAGACCGCCUCGUCCCAUCGCUUGCCGCAGGCCUACCGCACUUUGCCGUCGAGUGGGCGCGCUGCUGGGGACGUGACGUCUUCAUCUCACUCAGGGGCCUGCUCCUUGGCACUGGGCGGUUUGCCGAAGCCAAGGAACACAUCCUCGCAUUCGCUAGCGUGCUCAAGCACGGCAUGAUUCCCAACCUGCUCGGAGCCGGCCGCACGCCCCGCUACAAUGCGCGCGACUCGAUAUGGUUCUACCUUCAGUGCGUGCAAGACUACACGCGCAUGGCACCCGACGGUCUGGCACUGCUGGACGCCAAGGUUAAGCGACGCUUCCUGCCCUAUGACGACACGUACUUUGACGCCGAAGACUCGCGCGCGUACAAGGCUGAGAGCACAGUACGCGACAUCAUCCAGGAGGCCAUGCAGCGCCAUGCGAGCGGCAUGUCGUUCCGCGAGGCCAAUGCGGGCCCGGGGCUCGACAGUCAGAUGACGGACCCGGGUUUCCAGCUCGACAUCAAGGUCGACUGGAGCACAGGCUUUGUGCACGGCGGUAACCAGCACAACUGCGGCACGUGGAUGGACAAGAUGGGCGAGAGCGAGCGGGCCGGGUCCAAGGGCGUGCCCGGCACUCCACGAGACGGCGCGGCGGUCGAGAUCGUCGGUCUAUCCUACAGCACGACCAAGUGGCUGGCAGAGCUCCAUGCGGCGGGCAAAUACCCGUACGCGGGCGUGAGCAAGAGCCAGGUGUCGCCUGAUCAGGCAGCCUCGGGCGAUAUCGCCGUCGAGGUGACAUUCGGCCAGUGGGCGGAACUGCUGCGAGCCAAUUUCGAGCGGUGCUUCUUUGUGCCUCUGCACGCGGCCGAGGACUCCAAGUACGACGUCAACCCGGCUGUGUUCAACCGCCGUGGCAUCUACAAGGACCUGUACAAGUCGGGCAAGGAGUACGAGGACUAUCAGCUGCGGCCCAACUUCCCCAUCGCCAUGACGGUGGCGCCGGACCUGUUCGACGAGGCGCACGCCAUGCAUGCACUCUGCGUCGCGGACCGGGUGCUUCGCGGCCCGCAGGGCAUGGCGACGCUGGACCCUGCCGACCUCAACUACCGACCCUUCUACAUCAACAGCGAGGACAGCGAUGACUUUGCGACAUCCAAGGGCCGCAACUACCACCAGGGCCCCGAGUGGCUGUGGCCGACGGGCUUCUUCCUGCGGGCGCUCCUCAAGUUCCUGCUCCAGAGGGCCGGUGGCAACGAAGAAGCUGCGACAGAGGCGUUCCAGCAGGUCACCAGGCGUCUCAUGGGCUGCAAGACGAUGAUCAAGGAGAGCCCAUGGGCGGGGCUGCAGGAGCUCACGCAGAAGAACGGAGCGUACUGCGGAGACUCGUGUCCCACGCAGGCUUGGUCGGCUAGCUGCCUGAUUGAUCUGUACAUGGACGCGGCCGAGGAGCAGUCUAGCCUCAACAGCGACAAGUCCUAGACGUCGCUCCGUGACGUCACGACAUCUGGCUGGGCGGACUAUUGAUCGGACGAGAUGUAAAGAAUGGUGAUUGCGGCGUUUCUUGUGGAGGAAAAGUUAGAUGGAAGGUUUUUGGAGAUUCCAGGCAUCAGGGAGGGACAACCUACAUACACAAACGGCAAAACCAAGAAACAGAAACGGACGGGAUCGAAGAGGCACUGUCGAUAUCCCUUUGCGCACACGACUAUAUAGCUAUAACGACUUUGGCAUACCCUACCUAGAAUCAAGUAAUUCAGAUCCAUUGAAAGUUUGCUGCCUCGA